UUGAACACAAUCCAUUUUCAGACAUUUCUGAAGAGUGUGUCUCCUGGAGAGAGAUUCUCUUGUUCGCUUGGAGUUGACACAGCUAUUCGGAUUGAGUACAAACCAGUCAAGAAGUAUCAUGAAGAGGUUGGAUAUAUCAACAAGACUUCCUCAACUGUAUACGAACAACUGAUUGUUGUGAAAAAUUCACGCAGCGAUGCGGCACUUAUCACUAUCAAGCAACAAGUUCCUCGCAGCACUGAUGAGAAAAUCAAGGUUCGAGUAUAA